AUGUCCAUUGAUGAAUACACCAAUGCCUUCACAGAUAAGAUGGAGUUUGCUCUGCGCAUUGUCCUAGACGAGAUGGCGAAGAUAGAUAGAUAUGCAAAGGGACUACCAUGGGAGUACGCAAUGCCAGUACAUCAGACACCUACCCUUGAGGCGGCCAUCUGGGUUUCUAAGUCUGUCGAAGAAAUGAUCAAGGGCAUAACCGCAAACAAGGUUGAAGUUGGUGAGAAAACAAAGUUUGAGGGAUCCCCAAGAUCCGACGAAAAGAGAAAAUUCUCAAAGUCAGGUUCGAAAAAGUUCGAAGGAGGAAGAGAUGAAGCAAGAUGGUGUGAUAAGUGCAAGAAGAAACAUCUGGGAAGAUGUGGCGAGGAGGUCACAUGUUUCAAGUGUGGAAAGUCUGGGCACUACACCGAUGAGUGUGCAUCUAGUAAGAAAGUGUGUUAUGAGUGUAACGAAAAAGGGCAUAUCUCAAUCAAUUGCCCAAAGAAGAAAGAACCAGCAAAGCCAAAGACAUUCCACAUGAUCCUUGACGAAGCAGAUGUCAAUACGAGAAAUCAAGGAUGA